AUGGUCGCCACCACUACGAGCAGCAGACGACGCUCACCCCACCACGUGCAGGAGACGCUGCGCGACGACUACAGGCUGCACUGGAUAGCGUGCUCCAAGCUGCUGGACCCGCCACCUCUCAUCACGAUGCCGUUCCUUUUCCCGAACAACCCACAGCCGCACUUCAUCGAGACCCACGCCCCCUCGAUCAAUUUCGCGAAGUUCACGAAUCCAGACAGCCUCGCGUUCUACGUGACUUUCGUGAUGAUGGGGAACCCAGCCACGUACCACAUGCCGCUCCCGACGGGCCAUCACUUAACAGAUCCUUUCAAGCACCUCAGGAAGCUAGAGUUCGCCGACUUGAAUUACACGAUCUGCGCGCAUCCAGAGAAUAUCUCCCUCCUCGUCUAUUUCAUACCCACGCUGCAGAUGAAUUUAUACACGCACAUCGUGAAUUUCGACAAGCUUCCGACACCAGCAUUCCUACGAGCUGUACGCCCCACGUCCACGCUCCGCUGCCUGGGGCUCCUGCUGACCCCCCGCGCCCACCACCACCCUCGCCUGAUCGGGAACCCAGUCUCGCUCCCCACGCCGCUCCCGACGGACAGGUCCUUCUUCAAGCACUUCAAGCACUACAGGAUGCUAGGACACCAGCCCGCCGACUCGAAUUACGCGAUCUGCGCGAAUCCAGAGGUUCUCUCCCUCCUCGUAUAUUUCGUGACUCCGCUGAAGAUGAAGUUCUGGCAGAACAUCGCGAAUUUCGACCUGCUUCCGACUCCAGCGCUCCUACGGGCCUCGCUCAAGCCGAUCACCAUCUUGGGCUGGAGCCCCUUCUCGCUCAAGGGCGAACCAGGCCGACUCGACCUCAUCUCCGACACGUGCCGCAGCUACCAGGCCAUACUCUGUGUCGGCACGAAGAUACGACAACGCACUCCCGACACGCCUCACCACGUGGACGAAUCCCUGCAUCAUGACUGGGUCCACUUCGGAUGGGGCCGCGGCGCCCACACUAACAGCUCUGCGGGCUGCAGCGUAGCUCUUGCCAAGCGCCACUUCCGACGCAGCGACAUUGUCAAGAUUCUCCACCCACCGACACCCGACCUCCGCGGACGAGCUGGAGCGGUUGAAGUACACAGAGGACCACUACGCCUGCGCUUCGUCACUGCCUACUUCCCACCACGCCCCAACGGACCUGGACAGCAUCGAGCUUGGCGCCAUGGAUGUCAACGACUCUGGUCCUGGGUGCUCACCGCCGUGCACGACGUCCCGUCUCGUGUCACUCCGAUCCUCUUCACGGACCUCAACCAGGGACUGGGCCGCCGAGCGCGGCAGCCGUUCACAGACACCUCCAUCGGCCCACACCAGGGCGGCGACGAGACGGAGUUCGGCAGGCACGUCCACGACCAGAUGCUCCGCUACGAACUCACGGCCUACAACACGCACGCGGACGCUGGCUACACGUACUAUGGGCCCAAUCGAUCCCGCUCGCGCAUCGACUACUUCAUUGGCCCCGACAACGUCACUGAAAUCAUCAAGUACAUCCGCCUCAACUGGAAGAUCCACAGUAUCCUACGGUGCCUCCACCACGUCCCCGACCACAUCCCAAUGGCCAUGCAGCUCAAGGUCCCUGUCAGCAGCGGCUCUCCACUCCAGCACCACAUACCUUGGGACUGGGGCCUCCUCGCAGCGGGACUUCAAGUUGGACACCAGCGCGCCACCUUCAUUCAGGACGUCGCCACCACCAUCGAGUCCCACCGCGAAGCCUUUCGUGUCAUCAAAAUGGACCAAUACCCCACCAGACACAACGCAUUGCUGGCACACAUCACCCGCGAGCGCAGCCGCAAGUACUGCACCAAGGAGG